UCAGUCAGCAGAUGUCAUUGAUGCAGGUUCCAGGUAGUUCUCCAUGCAGCAGCUUCUCCCUGCUGUGACAGCAGCAUGUCCUGGACUCACUGAAUCUGCGUGCUCCUUCUGAAGAGGUAAACGGUGAAAGCGAAAGGAGCUCCUUUAACGAAAACCAGAGAUUAGUCACCCCCACCCCAGCAGACAACACGGGGUGAGAAGCCCCGGGUCUACCUUGGAGGCAGCAGAUACUCAGCCAUGGCUAACAUCGCCGUCCAGAGGAUCAAGCGAGAGUUCACAGAAGUCCUCAAAAGCGAAGAGACGAGUAAGAACCAGAUCAAAGUAGAUUUGGUGAAUGAAAACUUCACAGAGCUGAGGGGGGAGAUAGCAGGACCUCCAGAUACUCCUUAUGAAGGUGGGCGAUAUCAGCUUGAAAUAAAAAUUCCAGAGACGUAUCCAUUUAACCCACCGAAGAUACGCUUUAUUACCAAGAUCUGGCAUCCUAAUAUCAGUUCAGUGACGGGAGCAAUAUGUCUGGACAUUUUAAAAGACCAGUGGGCAGCUGCCAUGACCCUGCGGACGGUGCUGUUGUCUCUACAAGCUCUCCUCGCUGCAGCAGAACCAGAUGAUCCACAGGACGCAGUGGUGGCAAACCAGUACAAGCAGAACCCAGAAAUGUUCAAGCAGACGGCGAGGCUGUGGUCGCACGUCUACGCCGGCGCGCCCGUCUCCAGCCCCGACUACACACGAAAAAUAGACAAACUCUGCGCCAUGGGCUUUGAUAAGAACGCAGUAAUAGCAGCCUUGUCUUCGAAAAGCUGGGACGUGGAAACGGCGACAGAACUGCUCCUCAGCAACUGAAACAAGUCCAGGAUCCAAAAACUCCCGUCACCACAGCAUCAGCUCCCCCCCCCCCCCCCCCCAGCAUCAUCCCACGUCACAUUCAGUCCAUCAGACAAACGGCAGCCUGAGCCCUUCUUUUUAUUAAAGUUUAGUUUGUUACAAACUCAGCACGGUUGCCAACGCGCUCACCUGUCUGAUCAUACCGAGGCUCUUUUCCUUACUCUCGCCCUAAAACCCGUGCUCUUGAAACAAAAAAACGUUCAUCUCGUCUUCCACCCCCCCCAUGAAUUUAAUUUGCUGGUGUCGUUUUAUUCCUCCGUAUGACCUGGUUGAUGUUUGCAGGGUAAGUCUUGUUGGAUUAAAUAUACUCGACUGGACUUUUUUUCCCUGCAGUUUCAUCAUCCAUGCCAUCUUUCAGCAGAGGUUUGUGUCCCACAUCCUCCCACGUUUGCACUCGUGCACAAAACAAAAGGUUAUCUGUAAAUAGAUGCGUGUAAAUUUGAAACUAUAAUGGGAUUAUCCUGUUUUUCUUACAUGGAUGACGCUGUAAAAUAAUUUAUUUUCAAUAUAAACUAUGCCUACUUCACAGUUACUGUUCUGGAGAGACGUUUUUAUGAAUUUGUGACCCACAAGAAUCCCCUUUGUUGUCGCUUUUCUCCCAACUCCACUCUCGGAUGUGUUUUGUAGGAGUGGCACAAACCAAAAUCCUGUCCCUAAUGCCAAAUCGGACCUGUGCAAAACAUCAAAUCCCAUCUUUCAUUUAAAGUUUUGUUGCCUUUGAGUCAUUUGACCCAACGAUGCAGCGGAUGUGUGUUCAGGUCAACAAUCUUAAAACGCCAGAGCUUGUUCAGGAAACUGCCGAGUCGGCAGAGAACGUUCGGUGCACUACAGCAGGAACUGUUGACGUCUGCUGUGCUUUACUCAUUUCAGAGCAGAUUAAAAUCCUUUAGAUGUGACUAUGAAACAAUGAGAUCUUUGGCCAUAAAUAAAGGGAGUACAGGUUUGUAUUCCCAAACAUGCCAAAACGAAACGCUGGAACUGUUUCGUUAAUCCGUAGCAGGGUGACUUGUUUUUACGGUACGUGCUGAGAAGAAGGGUGCAGGAACUUUAACAAAGAGCCACUUAUUUUCAGAGACGUUUCCCCUUCAGUCGACCUGUCCCUUUCAGCUCCAUCUCUUAAAGGCAGGCAGAAGGCACGUGCACACAGCUGGGAUCAGUUCCUAAUAAAAGCCUCGAUGUAAUGGCUGAAGGGCACCCAGUCUUCCUGCUGUCCUCGCCGUAAACGUUGCACGACGGACGACCAAGUAUGUAAAACAACAAGGGGCUGCUGCAUCAAGUCACUGUUUGGACAGAGACUCGUUUCUGUUUCCUGGAGGCAUCAGCAGUGCAAAGAGCAUGAGCAUGGUUAUUUAUUGUGACAAUGUCGUGUUUUCUUUGAUUAAAAAAC